AUUUAUCAUUUAUUCGUUUCUCUGAGUUCGCCGAAAGAGGUUCGCCCCGAUCGGAAGCGCUAUAUCUUAAACCCCAGGGCGCAGUGCACUGAACACAACACCCGAAAAAGUCAACAAACCUCGCUGCUACAACGCUUGCAAGUUGUAUAAACACACAAGACACCAGAAGUGCUGCCACAGGGCAACAACCAGUUAAAAAAUCAAAAGACACACAAACGUUCCGUUUUGUGAAUAGAAUUGCAGUGUACUGUGCCAAACCGUCAACCGAAAACCGUGACCAAGUGCUGUUAAACUAAGAACUUUGUUUAUAAUCAUUUUAUAAACAACUGCAGUGUGAAAUUUCAAUUUUGAAGGCAAAACGCAAAAAGGCUGCUCCACAGCGCACUCACACACGCACACUCGAUCUCCCACACUCACGAAAGUGUGGAGACCGUGAUUUGUAUUUGUGUGGAGACUGCUCUCUCUCGUUCUCUUUUGGGGCUGCCCGAAAACAAAGUUUUGGCGCCAAAAGUUUGACAGUUCGCUUUGGCGUGAGUUUCGCAAACAAGUGGCGAGGAAACUGCGUCCCAAAACAGAGCAGAAAAAGUCGAGUGAAUCGGAUCGCAGUCUAAGAUUAGUCAACAUGGUCAGUGCUCGAGUCCUGAAUCCUGCUAUGCUAAGCGAGUUCUGCAAGAUUACCAGCAGUCCCGCGCUCAGUCGCAAUUUGCCCUGCGGUCGCCAGCUCAACCGCAUCAAGCGUGACCUGUUCGGCAGCUCCAAGUCCACCGAGGGUACAGCCAACAAAACACCCUUUAAUGCCGAACUGGAGCGCCACCAGGAGCUGGCCACCCAAAAGUGGGGCUUUGACUUCCGCGCCGGCUGCCCGUUGGCCGAGAAGUCGCCCUUCAUCUGGGAACGCGUCAGCUUCCAGGAGUCCAGCUUCGCCCCGGAGAUGUACACCCUCACCCGAGCUGCCCAUGUUCGUCCCUCCGCCGACUGCAGCCCCAGCGACAUGGAUGUUCUGGUGAACGAGCGCUCCGAGCGAGAGAACUUCGGCUCCAACCUGGCCAACUCCUCGCUGGAGUCCACGACGGACAACGACUCCUGCUACGAUUCACAGGACGAGUCACUGACGACGCGGUUCAGCUCCUCCAGCCUGGCCAGCACCUCCUCGAUAGUCCUGCGCAAGCGACAGCCCAAAAUCACAGAGUUCAUGAAGGAGCGCAAGCGCCUGGCUCAGGCUCCCAAGAAACUGUCCCCCGCAAAGCGUCUGCGCACCAGCUCCCCCAGUUCAUCCGCCAGUUCGAGCUCCAGCGGGGAAUCGGGUUGGGGACGCACUUCGGGGCGAUGCUGAAGCGUCCGCGCCACAACUAACGCUCGGAUUCGCUGGCCAACCCCACCGAAUUGCAAUUUGUAAUUUUAAACGAUUUUUUAUAAGCCACUGCGAUUGUGUAGUAUUCCUAAUUUUUAUUACGAACCUUUUUAUGCAGUGCAAGGGCGACAGUUGCGAAUAUUAAUCGUUAGUCUUCAACUACUCGUAACCAGU